GAAGGUACACACAAGAAAAUAUUGAGUUCGACGGCAGAAUCACAUGAGACGAUUCGGCUGCAAGAGGAAGCCACUUAUCAGUUCUGGGUGACCGCUUCGACCAGCGUAGGCGAGGGAGAGAGCACACAAGUAGUCACAAUCACACCUACCAACAAAGUUCCGGCCAGGAUAACAUCAUUUAGCCAGCGAAUUCUUACACCAUGGAAGAGGAACAUCAGUCUUUUGUGUAGAAAAGUGGGAUCGCCAACUCCAAAUUUGGUCUGGAAACUCCACAACAAAACUAUCCAAUCUAACGGAAGGCAUGAG